CGGCGCCGAGCAGACUCAACAACCAGUCUCGCUCCCCACGAAAAAGUACCUCCCUUCUCCUCCCCAAAAUACACCCACGACCCAGAGAAAAACGCCCUCAGAAGUUCGAUGGCGUCCGAGAUAUCCCAGGAUUUCUCCCCCUUCCUCCGCAUCUACAAGGACGGCCACAUCGAACGCCUUAUCGGCACCGCCACCGUCCCCGCCUCCCUCGACGACAAGACCGGGGUCGCCUCCAAGGACGUCGCCUUUUCCUCCGACCCCGCCGUCUCCGCCAGGCUCUACCUCCCCGCCGCCGCCGGCCACCCCAAGAAGCUCCCCCUCCUCGUCUACUUCCACGGCGGCGGCUUCUGCAUCGAGACCGCCAGCUCCCCGACGUACCACAACUACCUGAAUGCCGUCGCCUCUGAGGCCAACGUCGUCGUCGUCUCCGUCGACUACCGUCGAGCCCCCGAGGACCCCCUCCCUGCCGCCUACGACGACUCCUGGGCCGCCCUCCAGUGGGUGGCCUCCCACAGGGCCGGGGACGGCCCCGACGAUUGGCUCAACGAGCACGCCAACUUGAACAAGGUGUUCCUCGCCGGGGACAGCGCGGGGGCCAACAUAGCGCACCACAUGGGGUUGAGGAUCGGGUCUGAUAAGUUGGACGGCCUGGCGGUGGCGGGGAUUGCGCUGGUGCACCCCUUCUUCUGGGGGAGCAAGCCGGUGGGGACGGAGACGACGGACCCCGAGAGGCGGGCUUGGACGGUCAAGUUCACGGAGAUGGCGUGCCCGACGUUCAGCGGGGCCGACGACCCGAUCAUAAACCCGGAAUCGGAUCCGGGUCUCGGGGGUUUGUGUAGCGACAGGAUUUUGGUGUUCGUGGCGGAGAAGGACAUGCUGAGGAGCAGAGGGUGGUACUACGAGGAGGUGUUGAAGAAGAGCGGGUGGAGAGGGAGCGUGGAGGUGGUGGAGACGAAAGGCGAAGAUCACGUGUUCCAUCUGAUGAACCCGAGCUGCGAGAACGCUGUGGAGAUGAUGAAGACAUUCGUGAAGUUCUUGAACGAGUGAGAAGAUGGCGUCUAAUUUUGGCCAUUUGGCGGAUGAUUGGACUGGUAGUUGGUCGCUUUUUGUGUGCCUUUUCAUGUUAUUUGAUAUUUUUAGGCUUGACUUGUUUCUCAUCGUUUCGUUUCGUUUGGGGUUUGGAAUUGAAUUUGCAAGGCUGCAAGGGGGAAAUUGUUGUACUGUUUAACUUUCUCGAUGUGAUGAACUCUCGACAUGUCAAUGUAAUGUGACGGUACUUUCGAGUUCAAUAAGAUCGCUGUCUUGUCCACA